AUGCCCUUCCUACAAGAUAUGAUGGCAACCUCGGUGCAUGAAGACCAAUAUCGCUCAAUGCCUCCCUCUGGAAGGGAGGGCUGCCGUGCUUCCGGUGACUACCACAUCAACAGCAACCGCACCAUGGACCCUAACACAUCGGUGGAGGAUUACAACCGGGUUAUGCUGGAGUACACCCAACGUCGGAUGGCUGAUUUCGCCGAGUUCGACGACGACAAGGGCUCGUUCCCGAGCCGCAGCAGCCGCAGCAGUCAGACCAGCGGCGACAGUGGCGCCUCGACCAGCGGCGUGCUGGCCAGUCAAGCGGCUGGACCGACUUCUACUUCCGCCGGGUUUCCUAGUGUCUCCGACGGAGGGCGCCGCAGGGUCGGCGCAGACUCGUUCUAA